ACCCACGCGGCCCGCACGGCAGACACAGACCUCGCCUUUAUGUGGGUGUCGGAAUUUUUUUUAUUUUGUAUCAAGCUCAACUCACUCACGAGCUUGAUCCCUCCCACCUUUUAAUAUUUCCGAGUGAGAUAUGGGCUGUUGCAGGGAUACCGUAUAUAUAUAGAGAGAUACCGUAUGUAUAUAGAGAGAGAGAAAAUCCAUUGGCGGUUUUCGGCAGUUGAUUUAUAACCUCCCUUCGAGCCUUGUUGAUCUUUGCAAACAUCGCUCAGAACUGCUGCUGCUGCUGCUGCAGUCUCCCGGCAGCAUUCCGUGGAAUGUUGAUGGUGUCUGACAAACUCCGCUGCUCUGCUAGUCCAGCAGUGACAGGCGAAGUUGUCGGUCAAUUUAAAUAUUCAUAUAAUUUUACUCACAUAUAUUUUUCGCUGUGUAUUUAGCGACAGAGACACUUCUAAACUUGAGGCCAUGGUGAUGUAUCUCCUGCUGGCGCUUUUGAUCCAUUCCUGCCCAGCUUUUUCCCGGGUCACCACAACCACGGAGGUGAACUUCUCCGUGGUGGACCUGCUGUCGACCGGCGCGGGCCAGGCCGCGAGCGUAGCAGCGGCGCUCGCCGACAUCCGCUCCCACGACGUCGUGAACUUCGCGACCGCGUUCCGCCUCUCCCCGCACGCCGGGGGCUCGCUGGUCGGGAUCUACUCGCGAGCCAAUGGGACCAAGCACCUGGAGGUUAUCCUGGCCGGCAGGGUCAACAAAGCGGCCGUGCGCUACCUCAAGGCCGACGGGACGCCUCACCUCGUCACCCUGCAGCGCGUGGCGGUGGCCGACGGCGAGCGGCACUCGCUGCUCGUGCGCCUCGAGGGCCUGCGGGGCGGCCACGCCACCGUGAGCCUCUUCGUCGACUGCCGCCUCGUCGACUCGGCCGCGGGGCUGCCCCCGAUCCUGCGCUCGCUGCCCGGCGACGCGAGUCGGCUGACCAUCCGCACGGGGCAGCUCUCGGCCUUUCGCGUGCAGGGCUCCCUGCAGGAGAUGAAGCUGGUCCUGGGAGGGUCCCUCGCAACUGUUGCCAGUCUGCAAGGUUGCUCGCAACAGGCAGAUGACAACACGCUGCUCAACACAGUGUCAUCAAAUUCACGGACCUUAGACGACCAUAGCGCCCGACUGCUGAUCAGUGAGAUGGCGAAGCUCACACAAGUCUUGCGGGAGCUGCGAGAAGACGUCCAGCAACAGAUAACAGAAAUGGCUCUGCUAAAAAAAGCGAUCCAAGGGUGCAGAGCGUGCGACGCUGAGGUUGCCGCGGGGAGGCCGCCGCGGUGCGACACGCGGCCGUGCUCCCGCGGCGUCGCGUGCACCGACACGGAGCGCGGAUUCCGCUGCGGACCGUGCCCAGACGGCCUCACCGGGGACGGAGUGCGGUGCACCGAUGUGGACGAGUGCGCGGGGGCCAAGCCCUGCUUCGUGGGGGUGGAGUGCUCGAACGCGUCCCCGGGCUACGAGUGCGGGCCCUGUCCCGCGGGCUACACGGGCACGGCCACCUCGGGGCUCGGCCUAGCCCAGGCGAGCGCCCGGCCCCAGGUCUGCCACGACGUCGACGAGUGCCGCGACGGGAAAAACGGCGGCUGCGUCGACAACUCCAUCUGCAUCAACACCAAGGGGUCAUUCGAGUGUGGGCCCUGCCAGGACGGGUUCGUGGGAGACCAGAAGAUCGGCUGUCGGCGUGGGCACGGCUGUUCCGGGGCCCACGGAGCGCCCUGCCACGAGCAGGGCGUGUGCGUCACCACCCACAACGGAUCCACCUCCUGCCAAUGCAGAGUGGGCUGGGCUGGAGAUGGCUUCGUUUGUGGAAUCGACACGGACUUGGACAGCUAUCCUGAUGAAGGUCUGAGCUGCAAGGACAGCAACUGCAGGAAGGACAACUGCCGCCUCACGCCCAACUCGGGACAGGAGGACACGGAUGGCGAUGACGUCGGAGAUCAGUGUGACCCCGAUGGAGAUGGUGAUGGCAUCACCAACGAAGAGGACAACUGCCGGCUGGUGCCGAACCCCGACCAGCGCGACACCGACGACGACGGCUUGGGCGACGCCUGCGACAACUGCCCGGGCGUCUCGAACCGCGACCAGCGCGACGCGGACCGUGACGGGCACGGCGACGCCUGCGACAGAGACGUGGACGGGGACGGGAUCCCCAACAUUCUGGACAACUGCCCGAGAGACGUGAACCCGGAGCAGCUGGACAGGGACUCGGACGGCGUGGGCGACCGGUGCGACAGCUGCCCCAACGUCAGCAAUCCCACCCAGGCCGACAUGGACGACGACUUAGUCGGAGACAUUUGCGACACAAACGAGGACAGCGACGGGGACGGAGUGCAGGACAACCGAGACAAUUGCCCCGAGGUGGCCAACAGCUCGCAGCAGGACACGGACGGGGACGGCCUGGGCAACGAGUGCGACGACGACGACGAUGGCGACGGAGUCCUCGACAGCGACAGUAACAACGACGACGACGGCGCUCAGCCCGGGCCCGACAACUGCCGGCUGGUGCCCAACCCCGGGCAGGAGGACGGAAACCGCAACGGCGUGGGGGACGCGUGCGAGGGCGACCUGGACAACGACCGCGUGCUCGACGCGCUCGACGUGUGCCCCGAGGACGAGCACGUGACCCGCACCGACUUCCGCGCCUUCCAGACCGUCGUGCUCGACCCGGAGGGCGACGCGCAAAUCGACCCCCAGUGGCUCGUGCUCAACCAGGGACGGGAAAUUGUGCAAACAAGAAACAGUGACCCUGGACUUGCGGUAGGCUUCACCGCCUUCAACGGCGUGGACUUCGAGGGCACCUUCCACGUGAACACGGUGGCCGACGACGACUACGUGGGCGUCGUCUUCGGCUACCAGGACAGCGCAAGCUUCUACGUGGUCAUGUGGAAGCAGGUGGAGCAGACCUACUGGCAGUCGACGCCCUUCAGAGCCGUCGCCGAGCCGGGCUUGCAGCUCAAGGCAGUGAAGUCGCGGACGGGCCCCGGGGAGAGUCUCCGCAACGCGCUGUGGAAUACGGGCGACACGGACGGCCAGGUGGCGCUCCUCUGGAAAGACCCGCGCGGCGUCGGCUGGAAGGACCGCACCUCCUACCGCUGGCACCUGACGCACCGUCCGCAGGUCGGCUACAUCCGGGUGGUUCUGUACGAGGGCUCGGAGGUGGUGGCUGACUCCGGGGUGGUGAUUGACACGACGAUGCGGGGUGGCCGUCUCGGCGUCUUCUGCUUCUCCCAGGAGAACGUCAUCUGGUCCGACAUGCACUUCCGCUGCAACGACACGCUUCCUCGUAACUUCAACGCUUACUUUCGCAAGAGGAAGAACAUGGCCCAGAAUGGUCGGAUGUGAGCCCAGGACAAACAUCAUAUGAAUCAACAUGAAUCGUGUGUGAGUGUGUGUGACCCUACAAGCAAUUCAUAUUCUGCCGCUAUAGAAUGUUCUGGCGUUAUUGCACCCUGAUCUGAAUCUACAAGACAAACAAUCAUGGAAUAUUGUUACGUGAAUAGACAUCAUCCCGAAAAGAUGGCCGUAUUUUGUAUGAUGUGAGGGUAGUAAUGUGAACUUGUGUUGACCUGCGCAGUAUUCGCCCGUUCUUGUAGAGAGAGAGAGAGGAUGACUCAGAAGCUCGAGGAGGAACCUCAGACGAGCGGAAAGGCAACAGCAGCCACGCGAUGAACUGGCGAUAUGAACAAUUGCCCAAGCUCUGUGGCCCUCUAUAUAGUAAGGUGUUAUCAGCCAAUUAAUGAGUGUUUACAUGUGAGAGGACACGUUAAUUAACCCUUUCCUUUAUGCUUUCAGAAUGGCCACGUUAUUUAUCUUGUUUGAAAAUAAAACGCACUACAUUCCAAAAACGAUUACAGCAAUAAUAAUACACUUCUUGAGAUUUAUACUAA